AAGUGAAACUACUUUUCUUUUGUUAGCAGAACAUUGUGGAACACAUAAACAUUGCGAGGCAAAUGGAGGUGCUUAUACAUGAUGCAACAUGUGCUAUCUGCCUGGAUUUUUUUAAAGAUCCUUUAACUGUCAACUGUGGGCACAAUUUCUGCAAAAACUGCAUUACAGAUUUAUGGGAAAAAACAGAGACGGUUGCUUCCUGUCCUAAAUGCAGAACAGAGCUUACAUGCAGUUUCUUCAGGCCAAACAGAGAGCUGGCUUGUAUUGUAGAAGGGAUUAAAAAACUAAAUGAGCCCAGUCUUAAAGCAAUUGAAAAUAUUUGUGAGGAACAUGAAGAAAAGCUGAAAUUAUUUUGUGAGGAUGAGCAACGCCCAAUCUGUCUGGUCUGUGAAAAAUCCUAUAACCACAAAAAUCACACUAUUGUUCCUGUUGAAGAAGCUAUCAAAGAGUACAAGGAAAAACUUGAAAAGUUAUUGGAAGGCAUAAAGAGCGAUAUUGAGGAAGUUAACAAAUACAAAACUGAAGAGGAAAAUAAGUCAAAAGAAAUAAAAGCUAAUGUGUCUUCUGAAAGAGAGAGAAUUAUUGCUGAAUUUGACCAGCUGUAUACAUUUCUAAAUUAUGAGAAAAGAGCUCUACUCAUGAAACUUGAAGAAGAAGAAAAGCAACUUCUUGAAACUGUGGAGAAAAACAUACAAAUGCUUUCUGAGCAAAUCUCAUCUCUGCAUAAUUUUACUGAUGAUAUUGAGAAACAAUUGAAUCUGCCAAAUACUGCAUUUCUAAAGACUGUGAGGAAAUCUUUUAAAAGAUAUGAAAAUACUACACAGAAGGUUCCACUUCCUACCAAACCAUUUAACGCACAGAAAUUCCGUUUCCCUCUGCAGUAUUUUACAUGGAAGAAGAUGUCAAAAGUUCUCAUCCCAGCUCCAGCUCCUCUCACCCUGGAUCCAGUCACUGCUGAUUCUGAGGUUGGACUAUAUAAGAGCUACACAGCUGCAAUGUGUGUGAACACCAGUGGAACAAUGUCCAUGAGUCCAAAGAAGGGUCCUUUUCUCUGUGCCACUGGGUUUCAAGGAUUUACAACAGGAAUUCAUUACUGGGAGGUGAAUAUUGACAGUGACAUAUGUUUGGUGGGAGUCAUUUGUGACUGCACUGGGACAUCAGAAAAUAAAUACUGGUUUGAGCCUGCUAAACAAAACACAAAACUUGGAGUGUAUCUGGAUUAUGAAGGAGGACAGUUAUCAUUUUACAAUGGCGAUAUGUCUCACAUUCGCACUCAGAAAUGCUGUUUUGUGGGAAAAGUGUUUCCUGUGUUUUGGCUACAGUCUUCCACUGCAAUUGAGAUUUGUCACUUAAACUUUUAAAGAAGGCAAUAAAUCUAUUUUCAAACAUC